CAAAUUAAUUGUUCGAAUUGCAAUUGAAACAUAAAAAGUGANAAAAAAAAAAAGAGAAAUGUAUAUUAGUUUGGAAAUUCUUUGUGGAAUAGUGAUAACGCUUAUCGCGUUCUAUUGUUAUUUAACGAUCAAUAACAAUUUUUGGAAAAAUCGUGGAAUACCUGGACCAAAACCCAUGUUGGGAUUCGGCAAUACGAAAAAAGUAAUAUUUGGAAAGGAAUCGAUUUCACAAUUUCUCACAAGAAUGUACAACGAAUAUAAGAACGAGCCGAUGAUUGGAAUAUUUAAACUAAGAACACCUUCUUUAAUCAUCAAAGAUCCAGAUCUUAUAAAAACUCUCUUGAUCAAAGAAUUCCCCAAGUUUGCGAAUCGAGGAUUAUUUCCAAUUUUCUCACGAGAUCCAUUGACUCAUCAUCUCUUCAAUUUAGAGGCUGAAAGAUGGAAACCGUUGAGAACACAAUUUACGCCGUUAUUUACUUCCAGUAAACUUAAAGGAAUGUUUUCCCUGAUUCUCGAGUGCUCCAAUCAAUUGGAAAGUUACAUGGACACGUUGAUAAAGAAAAGAGAGCCCAUUGAUAUGAGAGAAGUUUCUGCCAGAUUCACUACCGAUGUCGUUGGAAGUUGCGCUUUUGGGAUAGAGAUGAACUCCCUUUCGGAAAAAGAGAGUAUAUUCCGUCGACUCGGCAAAUUAAUCUUCGCCACAAAUUUGCGAAAGAUAUUAAGCAUCAGGAUGCAAGAUAUGUUGCCACGGCUGUAUAAUUUAUUUCUUUAUAUAUUCCGCCAAGACGAGAAAAUGAGAAUCAUCAUGAAACUUAUGACCGAGACAAUGGAAUACAGAGAACAGAACAAUGUUUUCAGACCUGAUUUUAUAAAUAUACUAUUAGACCUCAAGAAACAUCCAGAAAAGAUUGAUAUUGAGUUAACGAACGAUUUAUUAGCAUCUCAAAUUUUCAUUUUCUUCGCUGCCGGCUUCGAAACUUCUUCGUCAACAAUUAGCAAUGCCCUUUACGAAUUAGCUUUGAAUCCCGAUAUCCAGGAGAAGCUGCGAAAAGAAAUCAAAGAAUUCGAGGCGAAAAAUAAUGGAGAGUGGAGAUAUGAGACCAUAAAAGAAAUGAAGUACUUGGAAAAAGUUUUUCAAGAAACUUUGAGAAAAUAUCCAUCUUUGCCAUUUUUGAAUAGAGAAUUAAUUGACGAUUAUACUUUCGAAAAUAAUAAAAUAACAAUUCCCAAAGAUUUAAAGAUCUGGAUACCGAUUUAUGGAAUUCACCACGAUCCAGAUAUAUAUCCAGAUCCAGAAAAAUUCGAUCCUGAAAGAUUUUCAGAGGAUAAGGUAAAACAAAGACAUCCUAUGCAUUUUUUACCUUUUGGACACGGACCAAGAAAUUGCAUUGGUGCACGAUUUGCGAUAUACCAAAUAAAGAUUGGAUUAAUAAAGAUUCUUCGUAAUUUCGAGGUCCACGUUUGCAAUAAAACGUUAAUUCCUUACAAAGUUAAUCCGUUUACGUCUCUUUUAAUGCCAAUAACAGGUUUAUAUUUGAAUGUAAUUAAGUUGGAAAAUUAAUUACAUUCGUUUUUUUUUUAUAAAAAUUUAUUUUAUAAUUAUCAAAUAUGUAAUCACAUAUAAUCGUAUAUCUAAACUUUAUAAAUAUUUAUUCGGAAGAAUUCUUUAAUUUGUACACGUUGAAUAUGAUGAUAAGACAUAGAAAUGAAAUGUAGUAUUGAUAAUAAUUUAAAUUAUCUUGCAAUAUAUAUCAUUAUAUAUUAACACGAUGCAACGUUGUUCUCA